AUGAGCAACCAACCAUGGCUCGACAACCUCUCAGACGACUGGUUGCCUGUUCCAGGAACUCCUACCAGCCCGGUGCCAGCGCGAUCCGCAAGUCAUUCUCGUCGCACUAGUUUACAGAGCUUACAAGGCCUACCGAGUUCUCCUAGUCGCAUUCCUGUACCCACGCGCCGAUCGAUUGAACCCUCCCCCGCUGAGAAGAAAAAGGUAUCCCGCCCCUGCCAUUUUGUGAGGAGAGAACCACCAACCCCCAAGACGCCGCGAACCCCAAAGACCCCUUCCAAGUUACGAUCUCCCGCGCCGGACAAGACGAAGAAAACCCCGAAACCAGAUCUGCCCUCGGCGCGUAGGCAGAAAUCGGCCAUGGACUCCAGGUCACCCCUGCGAUCUGUGUCCAAUGCAUCCACGCAAUCCGGCCAACAAAGCACAGUGCAGGUGAAACCGAAGAAGGGCAAAACCAAAGAGGGUACGCCCGAAUGGCGGAAAAGGCUGGUUCGGGGUGAGAUACCCGCGGGAGAGCAGCGUGAUUUGUUCGCUCCUAUCGGCCUAGAAGGUGUUUUCAAACCUCCGACACCAGGAUCUGAAAAGACACAGCAUGAGGCGAUUCCGAUGAUGAAACAAAGAGACGAUUUGUGGGAUUUCGGUAAUCCUUCGAAUAAAGACCCCUCUACAAGCCCACGGCGGUCAUCGCAGGCACAGGACGCCGGCGAGAACGAUGCUGCAAAUAUGUCAAAUGAGGAAGAUAGGCCACCAGGGCUUAGUUCUCAGUUACAACUGAAUGCGAAGCCCAGCGACAGUCCGGAAGGAUCGCCCAAUGCAACAUUGGAAAUACCAAAAGAUCCCGAGGAACCUCCCUCAAACUUCAAUGACAGCUCAUUUGUUACCCAGGACGAUACCCAGAUGAGGUCUGCCACUGGACUAGAGGACCUUCGCAACGAGGGCAUCACGCCUAUCACCUUUUCACGCACCAACACAGUGGAAGGUAACGCUACGUCAGAGGUCAUACGGUCAGCAUUGAAGCAAGUCACAAACAAGCUUCAGAAGCUCUCUCUACCUCCUUAUGAGCGCCCCGAUUCAAGGGCAAGUGACAGUAUUUUAUUGAAUCAACACACCGAAUUUACUAUCGAUCUACCCCCGGAAGAAGACAUCUUCGAUGUUACGAGUCAUUCACUACCUCAGGAUCUCUCUAUGGGGACUUUAGAUUAUCGAGGCCGUGGGCCUUUCGGGAACUUGCGCCGAGAGCAGUAUCCAAACGAGAGCUCCUUUCACAAGCAUCAACUCUCUCCACCAACCUUCACCUCCCAGCGAUUAUCUCCUUUCUUUGCCGCCAACUCGAGGAUUCGAAGUUCGCCACCUUUCUAUAAUCGGACAAAUCCCAUACUUGACCCACCCACGCUGCCUAGACCGUCGUCAGCUCAUGUAGAGGCCCCGCUACUUGGGGAUGAUAAAAAUGAAGGCAUGCCCUCUCCAGGAAGCCCCUUGAAGCUCUUUGGAAACCAUGAUACUUUCACAAACAACAGGCUUCUACGACGGAUGAGCCAGUUCGAAGAAACCUUUGGCGAUUUAUCAGAAGAAGACGAGCCUGCCUCGCCCUCAGAAGAAGCUCGACGGAAGGGCGAGAGCCGAAGUUUCUUAAGCGCAAGGCACGAUAUGCCGGGUGAAAGUUCUAUCAGAAGGAUCGAACGGCCGCGAUCACGGAAUACAGCAAAUUCUCGCCUGAGUCGGUUCGGUGAUGGCCAAUUAGAUAACUUCGACUUCGCAGACACGAGUCCUUACGAGCCAAAGCUGCUAAGUAGCGACGCCCUUGAUGGAGAGCUCCGUCCUUUGUCGCGGCGACGACGGUAUUUGCGACGUCCCUCGCAAAGAGAGUCAAGCCGUCGUUCAGAGCCUAACAGUCAUAACUCGACGGGCAAGUCCUCAAACAUCGACCGUGAAUUCAAUGCGUCAAAAUACCAAGAUCCGAUUGCACUAGAAAAUCCUGAACAAGUAGAGCCGGAGUGGAAUCCCGGCAGUCCUGCCAAAGACCCAAACCCAAAGAGACGCAGAACAUUUCUGCGAUCUCACAUCAUAGCAGGGGAGGAUCAGGAAGAAGCAGUACUGUCCAACCAGCCAAUUGACAAUUUGUCGUUGUUACAGAGAAGCCUUAUGCAACACGGUCUGCGAUAUGACAAUGACAGCCUGCUUCGGCCCCAGUCAUCCGAUCGCCCAAGGACGCCAACACCAAGCCAAACAAGAGGCUCUACAAGGAAAAGAUCUUCACCAAGUAAAAAUGAACCUGAUGUUGUGUACAAUGAUGAGAACUCUCCGCUGGAGACGAAUGUGCCGGUGGUCAAAGUUACUGGUGUUCAUGAAGAAAUUCGCAAGGGAUCAAUCACCACUCAGGAUUUCCUUAACGAAGCAACAAAGAUCAUGGACAUUAUCAGAUCAAAAGGCCGGAAUGUAGGUGGCUUGUCGAGUGUAGAAGAGUCCGAGGCAGAAGAUAAAAACGAAAGUGAAAGUUACGAAGAUGAAUCUACUCGGGAGGAGUUCUCGCGUCCCCCGAGUCGCGAGGGAGUGGAUAUGCGGAAAUUGCGAGAGCAAAAAGAGACAAACCCUCGAGUUCUAAGCCACCUAAAGAAGUUCCAAGAACAGGAUGACUUGGAGCUGGGGGAUAACGCCUCCGUCACCUCGCUGAGUUUCGAUAAUCAACAAGAUUCGCCUUCUCGAGUGGAUAACGACGAAGAAUACGUCGAGCAAGAUGAUGGAGCUGCGAUAAACCAGAAAUCUGAGAAAAUACAACGGGAAGAUGACGUAUUUGAGCAGCGCCAACGCAAAUCAUCCGCACCUACUUCUGGUGAAGAUGACGAUCUGCCCGGUCUCUUGACCUUUAACACGCAAAUAUCGGCUAAAAGCCUUAGUGCACGCUCGGUGCCUACCGGGUCUUCACAAAGUUCGCACGCUAAAGGUGUCCUAUCGUCCGACAUAGUUUCUCAUUUGAUUCCAGAACAGGUGAACGGCCUGACUUAUGACCGCCACAGGCAUCAGUGGAUAAAGGAAAGGUCCGAAAUUUCUUUCGAAAAGCCCAAAGGCGAAGAUAGUGAGGAUGAUCCAUUUAGAGAUAUACCUGACCUUAGUGUUGACGAAUUACAAGAAAUGAUGAGGAUGCAAAACUCGCCUUCCUCCGAACGGACGGGAGACUCUGUUCUGCCAGAAGAUGCCAAUGACCAAAGUCCGCUGAGUCGGAAGACCGGCUCUCCCAGUUCAGUGGUUCGGCCGGGAACCAAGGAUGGUGAGCCGUCUGUUGCUGUCAGUUCUUUGCAGCCUAAAACGGCUCGAUCCACCUCUAGUAUUCCGCAUUCAGCGACUAGAGUGACCUCAUGGGGCUCUGAAGCUCAAGGCAAUAGAGCAUCCUCCAGCGAGGUUGAACACGAAAUCCAGCUUCAUGAGGGUCACUUAUCGAAGCCACCAAAGCGCCAAAAGGACGGGAAACAACAAGCUCGUGUGGUCACAAUCAGUUUCUCAUCGCCCCUUGUUUCACAAAUCGCAUAUAGCGACGAUGAAAGUCCGUCAAAGCUCCGCAGAGCCGGUCAAGAGACUGAAACGGCCACUAAUCACACAUAUACCUCCGAGCCAGCCUCCUAUCGCCAUGCUAUAUCUAGAAUAGACGAGGCAAAUGAAGAGCAAGGUGAUGGUCUGAGUUUAGUCCGACAGGGCAAUGAUGCUGUAUCCACGCCGCUUAAGGGUCAUCCCGAAAACUCGCUUAUGUGCCUCCGUGAUAUGGACCAUGACACGAACUAUAGCUUCCAUUUAAGUCCUUUGCCUGACUUUACCGUCCACCAAAUUGACCAUUCUCUACAACUAGAACUUAGCUAUGUGGCUCAGCGCACUCACCCCAGAUCUUUGCGUCAGGUGCAUGGGACAUUUGCUCUGGCAACUGAAGAGUUAGUGAAGCAUAUUACGGAAGUCGAACCUUUUGAGCCUUAUUGGGAGCAUGUUCGACGUUUGGUCCUUCGCCAUAAAGGCUUGAUUACUCUUCACAAACUUUGCGACUUUUGUCCUCGACUUGAAGAUUUGGAUGUCUCUAACAACAAUAUUGGACAGUUGAGUGGAGUGCCUCCGACUCUGAGGACUCUGAGAAUAUCGCAUAACUGCCUCUCCAGUCUAACAGCCUGGGGCCACUUAGUGAACCUACAAUAUCUGGAUAUUUCUGGUAACGAGCUGGAGAGCCUAGAUGGAUUCGGUAGUCUAAUUCAUCUGAGGGAACUAAAAGCCGAGGACAACAACAUCCGAAACAUUGAUGGCAUUUUCGAAUUGGACGGACUUUUAAGCCUGAAGUUGCGGAACAAUACCUUGACAACUGUCGAUUUUGAAGACUCAGAGCUGGUUCGUUUGGAAGAGUUAGAUCUCAGCCAUAACCAACUGAUGUCAAUACAAAAUAUCGAGUCGCUUUCAGCAUUGUCAAAGCUCGACCUUAGUUUCAAUCAGCUGGCUAGAGUAGCUCCAUCGUCACCUCUGCCAUACUUAUCAUCCUUACGACUCUCCAGUAAUCAACUGCAUAGCCUGGAUGUUACAGCUUUCCCGUCGCUUACCCUUCUCUACCUCGACCACAACUAUCUUUUCACAGUGUCCGGACUUGAGCAAUGUGCAGGCUUGGACGUCUUCUCUGCACGAGAGCAGAUGAAUACAGGUGACCACAAUGGUGGGUUUUUUGACGUGGACCUGGGUUUGGUCAAAGACGUUCGGAAAGUUUUCCUAUCUUGUAAUAAGCUGUCUCUGCAGUGCCUGUCUCCGUCCAGCCCUCUUUCGGGCUUGCAACUGCUCGAUGUUGCAUCUUGCAGUAUCCAAAGCCUCCCCGCGGACUUUGGUCUCAAUUUUCCAAACGUCAGGGUUCUCAACUUGAACUUCAACUCCCUGGCUGACAUCAAUGAACUGGCAGGAUUGAACUGCCUUUCUCGCCUGACCAUUGCUAGCAACUGCAUUAUUCGGUUGAGGAGGUUGUGUCAAGUCUUGAGUCGGAUAGGAAGAACCAACAAGAAUAAGGUUUCUACCCUUCAAAAGGUAGAUGUAAGAGGCAACCCACUUACAGUCCGAUUUUAUCCCCCGGCUGUCACUGGAAGCGGCAGAGCCGGAGACGCAAAGGAUUUGAAGGUAGAAGAUGAGCCCAGCCAACGUGAGCAAGUUGGGUUAGAUAUCCAAUCUGUGCUUGCUGAAUUUGGACACGCUGAGGAGUUAGAGCGUUCGGUUGUUGAUGAAAAGGAUGAUGAAGAUAUCCCUGAGAAAGAUAUUGAAAUCAACGACCCAUACACUUUGCCGCCAGCGAACCCCCAGGCCGACCAGAAAUAUUUGUCCCACUUAGAUGAGCCGACACGGCUUCGACGCAGAAUAUUUGAGCUGAUGCUGUAUGCGGGAACAGGCGGCUCCCUCAAAGUUUUGGAUGGAUUGCAGUUGCGUCCCACGCUCGAACCAGGCUCCGACAUGGAUCACGCUUGGAAGAGGCUUGAGAAACUUGGAGUACUAAAAAGAAAAGCUCUUACCGGAUGA